AUGACAGCGAACGCAGAGCGGGUUGGUCCGGCGGUGCCAUGCAAACGUUUGGUGGUUGGACACGCCGCCUGGUGGAUAGCCAAGCCGCGAGCUCGUCCACCUGCGCCACGCACGCUAAUGGCGGCUAUUCGCGAAGAGGAGUCGGCAGCGCGAAAAUUGUCAUUUGCCGACGCAGUUAAGGAUUUGCUGCAAAACCUGUCAUUUCAUUGUUAUGGCAAAUUAGUUGAGCACGGACGUGGCAUUCAGGAGCGAUUCUUUUGGCUUAUCUGCCACAUAACUGCCCUGACUAUGCUAAUUGCUUUCGUGUGGGGCACGUACAAGGAUGCGGCGGAUGAGCUAGUCACCACGCUGUACGAUCCAUUGUAUGCAGUCAGCAAAGUGCCCCUGCCCGCCGUUACGGUAUGCUCCCAGAAUCGCCUAUCCAGGCGCGCCGUCUGGCGUUACGCACAGGAGCUCAGCAGCAAGGACCCAAGACAUCGCAACGCCACUUAUUUCUAUACGGAGCUGCGUGCCUUUGGCUUGUACUACGGCAUCGCUGAGAAUAUCGACGAUGAGCGUGUUUUGCGGCUUCAGAGUUUGCUGGAUCAGUUGGAUACCAGGCCGCAUGAUUUGUUUUUCAAUCCGAAGGAUCGGUUGCGCAUUCUAACGCCGAAAUGCAGUGACAUUUUGGUAUCCUGUCGCUUAGGAGGACGACCAUUCGAUUGCGUGCAGGGAUUCCGUGAAACUCUCUCGAGUUUUGGAUUUUGUUGCACUUUCAACUACAACGGAAAGUAUAUUGCUAUCAAUGAGAUACACAAUUAUCCGGAUCCACUAUCCGGCGGUGUUACGGUACGUUAUGUAAAAACCGGUCGCAGCACUUAUUUGCCAGUGCGUCCCCAAAUCUUAGAGACUCUCCAGGAGGCCCGUCGCAUGAAGCCCGCCGUGCGUAAAUGUCGAUUUGGGGAUGAGAUGCCGCACAACUUCACUCGCCGCUAUACCUUCAGCAAAUGCAUCUCCGCGUGCCGCGCCCACAGCAUCUACAGCUUGUGCCAGUGCUUGCCCUUUCAGCUACCCAUGCAUUACAUUGUUGGCGCCACGGGACGCAUCUUCUGCACGCUACAGCACAUGCAGUGCCUCAGGCACUACACAUUCAAGUGGAGGAAUGUCAUCACCAGUCGCGAGUAUGUGCCCGGCCUGGAGCAUGAGAUGGAAGAUGCCCUCUACUGUCCACAAUGUCUGCCCUCCUGUAGUGAGAUACGCUACAAUGUGCGUGGCGCCGGAGCUCUAACCCUACACAAUCCAUUUGGACACAUGACUAACGUCCACAGCGGCAACAUCAGCAGCCCGGGUAAUAACAAUUAUGGCCAUGACAGCUCCGAGCUGGCCGUUGUGCAUAUUUACUUUGCCGAAACGCACAUUCAAUACUUUCGGCAGAUUAUUAAAAACGACUGGUACGAGAUCUUCAGUACAAUUGGCAACAUCUGCGGCAUCAUAGCGGGCUUCUCAUUGAUUGGCAUCUGUGAGCUGCUAUUUUUCGUAGUCAAACAAUUAUGGCAUGCAUACAAAGCGGAACGGAAGUCGGAGCUCUUUCAUACCCGCUGCUAUAGCCCAUGUCGGUCCCGAGCCCGCACUCGGGCUAAUGGCCGUGCAAAGGCAACUCGGCAGCGGCAGCCAAUGGAGCUCCUCAUACUGCCGUAA